UCUUUUCACUGUGUCAUAACGAAGACGAACCUGGAAGUUGUGCUGUUCAGCGGUGGUAGAUGUCGUUACUAGGAUAGCUAAUUAGCUAUCUCAGUAUCGAGAAGAUCAACGCUUUAGAUAAAUAUGUAACUGAAUAGCUCAAGGAUACAUGUGAGCCAUCAACAUAUUCAUUAGCAAGUCCAAAGUGAUUUAUUUAUCUACAUCAUCGCACAUUCAUUGGUGUUGAGAGGAAGUGAUGCCCGCUGCCUCAAGCUGUGACUGCCCACACCUGGAGUGUGUCGGAGAGAUCACCAAGGAGGAACUUAUUCAGAAGUCUCACGGUCAGUGUCAGGACUGUAGAGUCGGAGGGCCAAACCUCUGGGCCUGCCUGGAAAAUGGCUGUGCUUACAUUGGCUGUGGAGAGUCUCAUGGUGACCAUAGCACUGUCCACUCUGAGGAGAUGCGUCACAACCUGACGGUGAACCUGACCACGCUGCGUGUGUGGUGCUACGCCUGUGCCAAAGAGGUCUUCCUGGAGCGGAAGCUGGGCCCGCCCAACCUGCUGCCCAGCACUGCCCAGCCCAUUUCCCUGCCACAGAGCACCAGCCAGGAGCCCGGGGCCCCGGUCAGCCCGGCCGCCUUAAGAGUGCCCCCCACCGGGGUAGCUGAUGAUCUGGACAUGGAGACAGAGGAAGAGGACGAUGUGAGAGCCAGAGGUUUGACUGGCCUGAAGAACAUCGGCAACACCUGCUACAUGAACGCUGCCCUACAGGCACUCUCCAACUGCCCUCCUCUUUCUCAGUUCUUCCUGGACUGUGGAGGUCUCGUCCGGACGGACAAGAAGCCAGCGCUGUGUAAGAGCUACCAGAAGCUCAUCGCUGACCUGUGGCACAAGAACAGGCCUGCCUUUGUUGUUCCCACGAACCUGUUCCAGGGAAUCAAGACAGUUAAUCCAAUGUUCCGGGGAUACUCCCAGCAGGAUUCACAGGAGUUCCUUCGCUGCCUGAUGGACCAGCUCCACGAGGAGCUGAAAGAGACAUUGGUGGAGCUGGAGGAUGGGGGUGGGCCGGGGGCGGGGACAGGCGUGGGGUCCAAUAGCAGCCCCGACGAGGACGACCGCAGUCACUCAGAUGGCGACUACCAGUCGUGCGAGUCCUGCGGAAGCGGCGAGGGCACACAAUGCCUGGGCGAGUCUGACGAGGCAGACACCCUCAUCGGCAGCGAGGAGCUGGCGAAGAGCAGCCGCGAGUGGCAAAGCGAGAAGAACCUCAUCAACGAGCUGCACCGCACCGGCACCCACGGACACCUGGACAAGGACGUGGACACCGCCAGCGAGGACAGGGCCAUCAUCAGCUGCCAGGGGGCCAUCAAGCAGGGCAGGGCUGCAGACUCUAACCCGGAAAUCCAGGUCAGCAACAACGCCAGGCCGCAGAGCCCCAGUGGCAACGAGGGGCUCGUCCCCAAACUCUCCAGCAGCCAGCCCAAAUCCAGCCCCAUGUGGUCUCCCCUCAGCUCCACCCACAAGAAAGUAGCCUCAUUCACGCCCCUGAAGAGCAAACACCAGAGGAAGUACCGGAGCGUCAUCUCUGAUGUGUUUGAUGGCACCAUCAUCAGCUCCGUGCAGUGCCUGACCUGCGACAGGGUGUCCGUUACCCUGGAGACCUUCCAGGACAUAUCUCUGCCCAUCCCUGGCAAGGAGGACCUGGCCAAGCUGCACUCGUCCUCGCACCAGACAGCGCUGGUCAAGGCGGGCUCCUGUGGCGAGGCUUACGCAGCGCAGGGCUGGAUCGCCUUCGUCUUGGAGUACAUCAAGAGCUGGUUCUGGGGCCCUGUGGUCACACUUCAAGACUGUCUGGCUGCCUUCUUUGCUCGAGACGAACUGAAAGGGGAUAACAUGUAUAGCUGUGAAAAGUGCAGGAAAUUGCGGAAUGGAGUCAAGUUCUGCAAAGUUCAGAGUCUUCCAGAGAUCUUGUGCAUCCACCUGAAGCGUUUCCGGCAUGAGUUGAUGUUCUCCACCAAGAUCGGCACGCAUGUCUCCUUCCCACUGGAUGGCCUGGACCUGCAGCCCUUCCUGGCCAAGGAGAGCUCUGCCCAGACCACCACCUACGAUCUGCUCUCUGUCAUCUGCCACCACGGCACCGCCAGCAGUGGACACUACGUAGCCUACUGCCGGAAUGACCUGAACAAGCUGUGGUACGAGUUUGAUGACCAGAGUGUGACGGAGGUGUCAGAGUCAUGUGUUCAGAAUGCAGAGGCCUAUGUUCUCUUCUACAAGAAGAGCAGUGAGGAAGCACAGAAGGCCAGGCGCAGGGUGACAGCACUGCUUGGUGUGACGGAGCCCAGUCUGCUGCAGUUCUAUGUCUCACGCCAGUGGCUCAACAAGUUCAGAACCUUUGCUGAACCAGGGCCUAUCUCCAACCAUGACUUCCUGUGCCUCCAUGGAGGUGUGCCUCCACACAAGGCCGCGUACAUCGAUGACCUUGUCCUGAUGCUCCCCCAGAAUGUCUGGGACCAUCUGUACAGCAGGUAUGGGGGAGGCCCCGCUGUCAACCACCUGUACGUCUGCCACACCUGCCAGAUGGAGAUUGAGAAGCUGGAGAAGAGGCGAAAGAAUGAGCUGGACAUGUUUGUCAGGCUGAAUAAAGCAUUUCAGGAGGAGGAUGCACCCGUGGUCAUCUACUGUAUCAGCAUGCAGUGGUUCAGGGAAUGGGAAGCCUUUGUCAAAGGCAAAGACAAUGAUCCUCCAGGGCCAAUUGAUAACUCAAAAAUUGCUGUGAACAAGAAUGGGCAUAUCAUACUCAAGCAAGGCGCCGACUCGGGACAAAUCUCAGAGGAGACCUGGAACUUCCUGCACUCCAUCCAUGGGGGUGGGCCCAUGGUGACAGUGCGGCCUAAUGUUAGCCAUCAGGAGGCAGAUGUGUCCCAGGCCGAAGAGAAGAUUGAGAUGGAGACACGCACCGUGUAGCGAUUCUGGCUUGCGGACUGAAAAACAUCUAUUUUUGUUUUUUUGCACUUGCCUUUUUUUCGUUAAGCAUUUGAGCAAAGGGCCUGGCCAUGCCUCACACCACACACACACCCCUUUAAAUCUUAAUUUCCUAUGUGACCAUUCCUUGCAGCAGACAAUGUGGAAUAAAUGUUUGUAUAUACAGUACUGUCUAUCCACAUCCUUCUGACAUGGCCAGUUAGAUAUAAAGGGUAAAUAUGUACAAUACCCCUUGCUGGAUACUUUAUAUUAAAACAUAAUUAAUCAUAUUGAAUACUGUUUAGCUGCAUAAUGGGGGUCUAAACACCAUUCUCUUCUGAUGGUUAGAUGACCAGUUCUGGUUACUUCCUGCUCCAACCCAUGCCACUAUCAGCAAACCAGUGAAAUAUGAUGAGUAAAGCAAGAAAAUGUUGCUUAUUGCUCCUUUAAGGCAAACUCCCCAAACCACCUAGACAUUUGGGUAUUGCACACAUUUGGUGACAAAUGUACCCUUUGUCAGCAAAUAGACAAUAACUGUCUAUUAAUUCCUCUCUAUAUAACUGAACAUAUCGAAGAAUUACCAUGCAUAAUGCUGUAUAUAUCGUCGGUUAAAAGGAAAAUAUUUGUAGAAGUAGAUGACAAUUCCCCAUUCUUCCUGAGAUUACGAAGGGAUCUGAAGUGCUUUGUAGUCUCAGGAAAGAAGAAUUUCCAUUUUGCACUGUUCAGUAGGCUCAAGCACUGCAUGUUUCAGUACUGAUAUCUGAUUUAUACCUGAAUGUACUAGCACUUAAAGAACAGAAGUCUGCGUUGUAUGUUAUUUAUUGCAAAGGGGUAUGUUUGUAGACUUUUUUUAUUUCAGCAAUCCAAACCUGGUCAGAGUGCAUGCGUGUAGGAAAGAUGUGCGCACGGAACGAGUCCUAGUCAUUUCUGUGAAGCUCCACUUGCUCGCAUGUAGAGACAGAGUUGCUCUGUUGAACACGAUACACAUUUGAACACACAGCUGUCUUGUCUAACAUGUAUGUCAAAAUUACAUAGGGAUCUGUCAUCUAUUUAAAGUUGGUUAUUUUAUGUAUAUAGUAUGACAUUUUAUUUCUAAAUUGCUUAUUGAUGGGAAGGAUAAAUGCUGUACCUGUACUUUGAAAAAAACAAAUGUAUUUGAGGAAUGAUUCCAAAACAUGUCAAUUUUUGUUUUGGUUGGCUGAUAUUAAAAACAAUUAUUCAGUGAAAAA